AUGGCUACAAAGCAAUCUAUAAAACUAUAUGAAGUUGUGGCGGCAGUAGAGCAUGAGGUUAGCUGUCCGGUUUGUUUAGAGGAAUUUCUAGAGCCAAAAUGUUUGCCAAAUUGUGCUCACAAUGUUUGUCAGGAAUGUUUAGAGGAGAUGACAUGUAAAAAUUCAACCAUGACAAGUAUCGAAUGCCCAGUUUGCCGAGUGGAGUCCUUCAUUCCAACCGCCGGAGUUUCAGCGUUUCCAAAGAACCAUCUGCUGGCUCGACUGAUUGAAAAAAAUCCCUCUAGAAAGGCCUAUGAUAAUGAAUUUAUCAAGGAAGCUUUGAAAAGAAGUAGGGAAAAUCUUGAAGGACUAAAGAACGCAAUACAAGAAAUGGACGUCCGCCGAAACUCAAUAAAGAAACAAGCAGAAAAUGUGAAAAAGGAAAUCCAAACUGCAGCAAAUCAUGUUAUUGACAUAAUUCGUGAUCAGGAACAGCAAUUACUUCUUGAAGUUGAUCAGUACAUGAAUAACAAUUACCCCGAAACUACCUUCGACAAACAAAAGGAAAAACUAAAUAAUCUGCUAGCAAAGACCUCCAGCUGUGUUGAAAGCGUCGAGAAGAAGAAAGACGGAGAUAAACGUGGUUUGAGACAGGUGCAGCAUUUAGAAGAGCUCGCUAAAGUUGCUGGUAUUCAAAUUCUUUCAGCAAGGCGAAAAUGUUUUCGAAAAUUUGAACUUACCUUUACGAAGAGCGACUUCUCUUUAGAUAACGAAGAAUCUGUAUUUGGAGAUCUGAGCGUGAAAAGCGGAGAGGUUUGAUAGCGACAAACAUUCACUAGCUGGCCUCAACGAAAGUUUUAGCGACGAAAAAGUCUUAAAACAUAUCGAUGGAGGUAGCAUUAAGGUCCCUAACUUCUUCCCGUUUGCGGUGACGGUGUCAAAGAAAUGCGGAGACAUAGCAGUAUUGGAUGCUGAAAACAAACGCGUGCAUAUUUUUGAUCGAGAGGGAAAUCAUCUCACUCAGUUUCUUUUCAUAUUUGGCGACUUUUGGGACAUUACAUACUCGCACAACGAUGAAAUUGUGGUUUUAAACAGAGAAACUAAUUCAUUGUUGCAUUACGACCGAAGUGGAAAUCUGAAGCGCAAGUUCCCAACGACUCCCAUCCCAAAAGUAAAGUUCACUUUUCUGUCGCACGAUUCAUCUGGGCGUUUGUUUGUGACGUCAAGUCCGAGAUACCAAGAGCUCACCUCCGAAACGAAUUCCUGCGUUCUGGUUUAUAAUGUUAAUGGAAAACUAGAAUGCGUGUUCGGUGAAGGGAAGUUGUCUUCCCCAAAAAAAGCGGUGCUCCUCAACGGAGAAUUAUUUGUGCCUGACGCAGACAGCAAGAGUGUCAAAGUCUUCAGCCUUCAAGGAGAAUUUCGUCGAGAAAUUGGAAAGGGCAUGCUUGAAGAUCUCGCGGGUAUUGCAGUUGAUUCUGAGAAUGGUCGAAUUUUGGUUUGUGAUUGUGAAGGCUACGCUGUGCAUGUUUAUAGCAAAGAGGGAACAUUGGUAAGAACUAUUAGAACAGCAGCUCCACCGGUAGAAAUCGCGUUGUCUAAGGACGGAAAAAAAUUAGUGGUUUGUUUUGACGGGGAUAAGGCAAAAUGUCUACAGAUUCUGUCGUACAGUGAGGCAGUGUUACACACCACCUGA